AUGGCUUCUACUACCGCUACAUUCCCCCGCAUCAAGGCGAUCCGCACUUUUGUUAUUGAUGGCGUUGGAUCUGGUGGGGAUUAUCACAAUGUUAAAGGUGGCCACUGGCUGAUCGAUAGCGACAUCGCUACCCCCAUGACCCGAUGGGCACAGUACCGUGGAUCGCGAACAUCCUGGGGAAUUAAUGUUCUGGGCUCCUUCUUUAUUGAAAUCGAAGCGACUGAUGGCACCAAGGGCUUUGCCACUGGGUUUGGUGGCCCUCCUGCUUGCUGGCUGGUGCAACAACACUUUGAGCGUUUCUUGCUCGGUGCAGACCCCCGUGACGUGAACGAACUCUUCGAGAAGAUGUACCGCGCUUCCAUGUUCUACGGCCGUAAAGGCCUCCCCAUCGCCGUCAUCUCCGUGAUCGACCUGGCAUUGUGGGAUCUUGUCGGCAAGGUUCGCAACGAGCCCGUUUACAAGCUCAUCGGCGGUGCUACCCGCGCUCGUUUGGACUUCUAUUGCACCGGCCCCCAGCCUGCCUCAGCCAAGGCAAUGGGAUUCUCCGGUGCCAAAGUUGCCCUCCCCCACGGCCCCGACGAGGGUGUCGAAGGUCUCCUCAAGAACGUCGAGUACCUCCGCAAGCAACGUGAGAGCGUCGGCCCUAACUUCCCCCUGCGCGUCGACUGCUACAUGUCUCUGAAUGUGCCCUACACCAUCGAACUUGUCAAGCGCUGCGAAGCCGAGGGCCUCCACAUUGACUGGUGGGAGGAGUGUCUCAGUCCCGACGACUUCGAUGGCCACGCUCUGCUCAAGCGGGCCCACCCAACCGUCAAGUUCACCACCGGUGAACAUGAGUACUCACGCUUCGGCUUCCGCAAGCUCGUCGAGGGCCGCCACAUCGACAUUAUCCAACCCGACGUCAUGUGGCUUGGUGGUCUCACUGAACUGCUUAAGGUCUCGGCGCUUGCUGCCGCAUAUGAUCUCCCGGUCGUCCCCCACGCCUCCGGUCCCUACUCUUACCACUUUGUUGUCUCGCAACCCAACACCCCCUUCCAGGAGUACCUUGCCAACUCCGCCGACGGCCACACCGUCGAACCCGUCUUUGGCAAUCUCUUCCUAAACGAACCCAUCCCUACCAAGGGCUUCCUGGAUAUUUCGAUUCUCGAUAAGCCUGGUUUCGGUCUGGACUUGAAUCCGGCUGCGCCCUUGAUCCCGGCUGCUUUCAUUCUCACCCCGGCUCCCCAGAAGAGCCUGACUGUUCCUGUUCCUACAGAAGAAACCCAACCCGAAACAAAUGGCACAUCAUCUCAUUAA